AUGGAUGAGGAAUUCACAAGACAACCUGGCGGAUCUUGGUCGGCGGUCCUUCCCUUUCGUGUACCUCGUUCCCGUUUACCAAAUAACCAGCCUCUCGCUCUCAAGAGAGCUUGUAUGUUAGACGCUAGUCUCAAGAAAAAUCACAUGAAAAGAGAUCACAUGGUAGCCUUCAUGAAGAAAAUCAUAGACAGGGGUCAUGCUGAGGUCGCAUCACCUAUAUCUAUAGAUGACGACAGAGAGAGGUGGUACCUCCCGUUGUUUGGGGUAUAUCACCCUAAAAAGCCUGGGAAGAUACGCGGCGUUUUUGAUUCCUCUGCCAAGUUUAAAGACGUAUCCUUGAACGAAGUGUUAAUGAAGGGCCUAGAUCUCACAAACAGCUUGCUCGGAGUUUUACUUCGCUUCCGAAAGGGUAAGGUAGCCGUAACAGCAGACAUCCAACAGAUGUUUUAUUGUUUUUCAGUCACUCCUGAGCACAGAGACGUCCUCAGAUUCUACUGGUAUGAAGCAAACGAUCCAUCGCGUCCCAUGAUGGAGUAUAGGAUGACCAAGCAUGUGUUUGGAAACUGCCCGUCCCCAGCGGUGGCAAGUUAUGGACUGCGCAGGACAGCAAAGGAAGGUGAAGGCGACUAUGGAGCCGACAUUUUGGAAUUCGUAGAGAACAACUUUUAUGUGGAUGAUGGUCUGAUCUCUCUAUCCACCCCAGAUGAAGCUGUUGACCUAUUGAGCCGUACUCAGGCUGCAUUGCCUAAUGCAGGUAUUCGUCUUCAUAAAAUCAGUUCAAACUCACAGGAUGUCAUCAACAGUUUCCCGUCAGAUGAUUUAGCACAGGAUCUCAAGGAUUUGGAUCUAGGAUCUGAGAGUCUUCCCUCCCAACGCAGCUUAGGACUAUGCUGGAACCUGGAAUCCGAUACCUUCUCCUUCAAGUCGUCUAUGGAAUCCAAGCCCUACACUCGUAGAGGAGUGUUGUUAACCAUAAAUAGCCUGUGCGAUCCUCUAGGUUUCUUGGCACCUGUAACUAUAAAAGGCAAAACACUUCUUCGCAAAAUGGUUGAAGGAAUAGUCGAUUGGGAUGAACCUUUAUCAGCAGAUCAACAUAGCGAAUGGGAAGCUUGGGAAAAGUCACUACAGGAGCUGGGGAGCUUACAAAUCCCUUGUAGAACUCCAAUUUCUGAAGACGACAUCUCCAAUAAGGUUCACAUAUAUGCCGAUGCGUCAGAGAGAGCUAUAGCAGCAGUGGAAUAUUCACGUCAGCUUCUUGCUAGGAAAAUCUAA